AUGCCGACUCCCGUGCUGGAGGGGACUGCAAUUGCUGCCAGCUUUGCUGCGAUAGGAUCUACCUUGACCACGGCAAUACAGCCACGAGCGCGCAAUCAGAGGGAGCCCCUGUGUGACAUAUCAGGGACGCUCGAAGUCCUUCAGCAAGUAAGAGAAGCAGCUACCGAUGCGUGUGGUGCUGGUAUACAGAAGCUGGUUGGUCUUGUCAAGCGAAAAAAUGCAGAAAUGAGUGAAGAAGAGUUUCAGCAGCUGCUCACUUUUCUUGGAGCCGUGCCUUUGUUCCAGAAGCAGCUUCCACGAGCUGAGCUUCCUCGGGUUGCUGCGGCUCUCAAAUCAGUUUCUUUCGAGCCUGGUGAGCGUGUCAUCGAGGCUGGUCGAGAAGGACAGAGCUUUUUUAUCAUCAAGGCCGGUGAGGCAUCUGUCAUUAGAGAGGACGAAACAGGUGCCGAGUUCGAGUGUGCAACCUUGUACAACUAUGACUACUUCGGUGGCCGAACGCUAAUAGAGAAGCGACCCAACGUUGCCACAAUUGUGGCGAAGGGAGCUCAGCCUUUGGAGCUACUGACGCUAUCGCGGGAGGACUUCCAAAAGUUGGGGUUCCACGAGAAGCUGAAGUUUGCGAGGCGGCCAGCCAUCUACGAAGGUCGCAGAAUGGAAGACAUCAUGGUGGAGCCAAGGCGCAAGCUGAUUGUGAUGGACGAGGAAAACGAAGACCUUCCUUUGGCUGGCCUGGCCAGCUCUGAGUUGGAGUUCAUCGUGAAGGCUGUGAAGAACAAUCCAAAUCUGCGGGGAGCAUACGGCAAGGAUGAGGAGACAAUCCGUUCGAUGGCUGCUCAAGCUCGUCGCAUCCAAGUGCCACCUGAAAAAGAGAUUGCACAAGCUGGCAAUCUGGGGCAUGAGUUCUUCAUCAUCAGCCAGGGCUCCUUCGACUUGUUCUCCAAUGUCAGGAGAGGGAAAGCUGGAGUUCGCUCUGCAGAGGCUGUGUUUACCAGCAGCUCCAUGACAGAGCGACUCGUUCGAAAGCAGCAGUUCCUCCUUGACAUGCUCAAGGAGAGGAAGAAAGAUGGGCCAGUGCAAACCGUGCGCAAUUCCAUGCUUCCAGCUACAAACCAAAAAAGGCCAGACAGACAAAAGUGGACGGCCAACUCAUCGAUGGGGGUGACCAAGAAGGGAUCGAUGCCUGCGAGGAAGCAACGAAGGGGCUCAGAGGCAAACUCUUCUGGUGGUACUCCUUCCACGAGCUUCAGAGCGUUCUUUCCGCGGACCAUAUCAGUAGAACCUCCUGACCAGGAGGACGACGAAUCCUCACCGUUUCAACCUGGAGACAAAGUUGCAGCUCUGGUGGCUGGCUGGGAUGUCCAGAAGGAAAUGGGUGUUGGCAAGGUGAUAGAGGUGGUUGUCCCAGGGCCACAAGGUACCGUCACGGUUGAAUUCCCCGAUGGAACUCGAGAAGCCAAGGUGCAGCUGCUUCGACCAGUAGAGGACGCAACUCCUUUGUGUCGGCUUGUGUCGGGUGAGUGCUACGGAGAGCUUUCUCUCCUGUACAACACGCGUCACUUGGCUACCUGCAAAGCUGUUGAACCAUCAGUGGUUUACGUUGUGCCGUACAGGGCAUUCAAACAGUGCUUUGGCAAUCGGGAACGGGCUCAGGAGAAAGCAUGGAUCAAGCUUUUGGACGAGGUGCACUUCUUGAACGCGCUGGUAAGAUCUGAACGAGCCGAGGUUGCUCGUAAUGCUGUUGGCCAGAUGAGCUUCAAGCCAGGUGAAAAGGUCAUGACGCAGGGUGAGAUGACCGAGCAGCUGUGGUUCGUAGUGGAGAAGGGCAGCUGCCAUGUCACGCGCAAGGACUCAGCAGGCCAUAUUGAGUUGUCCGCAGAGCUGCGCCGAGGCAACCAUUUUGGGGAGCGGUCCAUUUUCCUGCAGCAGCGAACAGCUGAGGUCACUGUUGAGGCUGGUGCAAAGGGCAUGACUUGCCUGGUUCUUGACGGUGAGCUCCUGCGAAACUUGCCUCUGGGUGUCACUGGCGAAGAAACCGACUUCGGAGUGCCUGGCACGGAGCAGUCGCUUGUGGAGUACCACAGAAAGUCCUCUGCAGCAGUUCGACCUCAACGAGAGGAGAUCCCUUUUGACGAACUCGAGCGAACGCAUGUGCUGGGCGAAGGUGGCUUUGGCGCUGUGUAUCUUUGCCACAGGAAAAACAAGCCAGGCAUUGAGUAUGCGCUCAAGCGACUUUCGAAAGGCUACAUUGUCCAGGCCAAUGCAGAGAAGCAGGUUUGUGCAGAACGCGAUAUCCUUUCAAUGAUGGAUUGUGAUUGCAUAACUCGCUUCUACGGCUCCUACCAGGACACUGAAUAUGUCUACAUGCUAAUAGAGCUGGUGCCUGGUGGACACCUGUACCAGCUGCUUUGCGACAAGCCGCAGGUCUUGCUUUCUGACAAGCCUCGAGGCUAUGCGGCCAUGUUUUACAGUAGCUGUGUCAUUUUGGCCUUUGAAUAUUUGCACGAGCGGCGCAUCGCCUACAGGGACUUGAAGCUUGAGAAUGUGCUUUUGGACAGCACUGGCUAUGCCAAGCUUUGUGAUAUGGGCUUUGCACGCUUUGUUUUGAGCAAAACCCACACUCUCCUGGGAACUCCAGAAUAUAUGGCUCCCGAGAUGAUAGAUCCUCCACAUGGUCACAACCACAUGGUGGACUGGUGGGCUCUUGGGGUCUUGGUUUUCGAGAUGCUCAGUGGGCAGGCUCCCUGGGACAACAUGGGCUACGAUGACAACCCCAUGGGGCAGCUACUAGCACUGCGAGAAAGCCAAAAUCAGGGCUUGCCAGACGGCUUCCUGCCUCCCUCGCUGAUCCUUGCGAGGGACUUUAUCAAGAAGCUCGUCGUUGUCAAGCCCGAGAGAAGACUAGGUGCACAUGGAGUGGAGGAGGUGAAGAAUAGUGGCUGGUUCAAAUCUGGCACCUUCUCCUGGGAGCGCUUGGUGGCCCGGCAAAUGUCACCUCCAUACCAGCCUCCAGCUGCGACAUAUUCAGAAGAACCGGUGCCCAAGCCUGCGCAGGCCUCGCGAGAAAGCAUGUCUGAGGGAAGGAACAAGCUCUUUGUCAAAAGCAGUGCGCAGGAUGACUGGGCUGCGGAUUUUUGA